CUCUCUCUCUCUCUCUCGCUCUCUCUCUCAGUCACAAUGGUCCCAGUUCUGUUUUUGGUGGCAAUCACGUUAUCAACCAAUGACACUUCCAAUGAAGACCAGACAGGAGAAGACACGAAGUCCCAGAGUUCCCACAUCCUGCCUACCGUGCUGGUCUUCUCCGUGCUGCUUGUCAUCAGCAUUCUGCUGGCCUGGUACUUCCUCAGGAUAAGGAACCAGAGAAAGGAGGUCGUCACAGCAGUCGACAAGAAAAUACCGAAUGGAAUCCUGGAAGAACAAGAGCAACAGACAGUGGUGCUGCUUCCCAGAUCCCCCUCUGCCUCUAAAACCUACUUCCCCAUCCCAGUCGACUGCCUGGAGGAGGAGACCAGGAUACGAUCCGCUGACGAUGGCAAACUCUUCAGAGAGGAGUUCAAUUCGUUGCCGUCUGGAUAUACCCAGGGGACGUGCCAGGAGGCCAACAAAGAAGACAACAGAGAAAAGAACAGAUAUCCCAACAUCCUUCCAUAUGACCAUUCCAGGGUGGUGUUAACACAGCUAGAAGGAAACCUCUGUUCAGACUACAUCAACGCUUCCUAUAUCCAUGGCUACACGGACAAUAACAAAUUUAUCGCAGCACAAGGUCCUAAACAAGACACGGUAGCAGACUUCUGGAGGAUGAUAUGGGAACAGAAGACGGCAACUGUUGUCAUGCUGACCAACCUGAAAGAGAGGAAAGAGGACAAGUGUUACCAGUACUGGCCAGACCAGGGCUGUUGGACCUAUGGUAAUGUCCGGGUGGCUGUGGAAGACUGUACUGUGUUGGUGGACUACACCAUACGGAAGUUCUGCAUACAAUAUCAGGCCAGCGACGGCACCAAGCCCUCCAGGCUGGUCACCCAGCUCCACUUCACCAGCUGGCCUGAUUUUGGGGUGCCCUUUUCCCCCAUCGGCAUGCUCAAGUUCCUCAAGAAAGUCAAGACGGUCAACUCCUCCUUCGCUGGGCCCAUCGUGGUUCACUGCAGUGCUGGUGUGGGAAGGACAGGGACCUUCAUUGUGAUUGACGGCGUGAUUGACAUGAUGCACCGAGAGCAGAAGAUUGACGUCUUUGGUUUUGUGUCCAAGAUAAGAGACCAGCGCUCGCAGCUUGUACAGACAGACAUUCAGUACUCGUUCAUCUACCAGGCCCUGUUGGAAUACUACCUGUACGGAGACACAGAACUGGAUGUGUCAUCUCUGGAAGGACACCUGCACAAACUCCACAACACCCAUGCCCCCUUCGACAGGGUCGGCCUGGAGGAAGAGUUCAAAAAACUGACCAACAUGCGGAUAAUGAAGGAGAACAUGAGGAUGGGAAAUCUCCCUGCCAACAUGAAGAAGAACAGAGUGCUCCAGAUUAUUCCAUAUGACUUCAACAGAGUGAUUAUGUCCAUGAGAAGAGGCCAAGAGUUUACUGACUACAUCAAUGCGUCAUUUAUAGAUGGCUACAGGCAGAAGGACUACUUCAUAGCGACCCAGGGUCCUUUAUCUCACACGGUAGAGGACUACUGGAGGAUGGCGUGGGAGUGGAAGUGUCACUCCGUCGUCAUGCUGACGGAACUACAGGAGAGGGAGCAGGACAAGUGUUUCCAGUACUGGCCCACAGAGGACUCAGUGACCUAUGGAGACUACACUGUAGAGAUGAAGGGAUCCACUGUGUGUGACAGCUUCAGUGUGCGGGAUCUGGUACUCACCUACGGCCCAGAUAAGCUGACACGUCUGGUCCGCCACUUCCAUUUUCACGGCUGGCCAGAGAUCGGGAUCCCAGCCGAAGGGAAAGGAAUGAUCGACAUCAUCGCCUCGGUGCAGAGACAGCAACAGCAGUCAGGAAACCAUCCCAUCAUCGUACACUGCAGUGCUGGUGCAGGGCGAACAGGUACGUUCAUUGCACUGAGCAAUAUCCUGGAGCGGGUCAAGGCUGAGGGCCUACUGGACGUCUUCCAGACUGUGAAGAGUUUACGGAUGCAGAGGCCACAUAUGGUCCAGACCGUGGAACAAUACGACUUCUGCUACCGCGUGGUACAAGACUUUGUGGACAUUUUCUCAGACUAUGCCAAUUUUAAAUGAUGAAAUAUUUGCCUUAUAAACAUUUUUUUUUCAUUUUGUUCAAAUGCUGUUGUUUAAAUUUUUUUUUUUAAAUACCGGUUGGUCAGGCUUUGUGUUUUGUCCUUAGAAGGAUUUAAAUGUUUUUCUAUAUCGCUAUGCACUUGUCCUGACUGUAACUAAAAACUCCACCCCUCGCUGUAAUAUACUGUACGUCAACGGACAAAGAUUUGUAAAUGCCAAAAUGUAAGAUUAAUAAUGUAUAUUUCACAUCAUGUAUAAUAAUUAUUUUGCAAUGAAAUUCAAGUGUUUUUAUUUUAUUUUUAACUUUGAGUCUCUUUAUUCACAUGUCUUAGUUGUUGUGUGAUACUGUACUUUUGUUUAAACAUCUUGUUUAUUCAGACUGAGUGUUUAUUUUGACCGUUCUUGUUUCCUUUUGUUAAACAUCUUGUUUAUUCAGACUUCAGAGUGUUUAUUUUGGCCGUUCUUGUUUCCUUUUGAAAAGAGGCCCUAUUGUAAAUGUUUUACGUAUCGAUAGCAGACCUUCCAUUUAAUUGCAUUCUAACGACGUUAUGUGAAUAUUAAUUAGUAAGAUAUUCUGACAUGCCUUCUAUCUGUGACUAGAGGUGAUAUCUCAUCUAUCUUUUAUUGAAUUGGAAAUAAUCCUUUUAUUUAAAACAAAAUAUAUAUAUAUUAAGGUCUUUACAAUGCAAGUUUUUUCAGGCACAAUAUCAAGAACACAGAAAAAAAAUAUGCAAAGUAUUGAAUAUCAAGUUACGCCAUUAUUAUUAUUAUUAUUGUCAAGGAUAAUAGUUUAAAACAACAUAUUGAGGAAUUGUAAGAAUUAGUUUUCAUUAACCUGAUGGAAGUAGUAGCCUACUUCACUACAGAAAAUCAACAUGCAACUACACAUAUAAUAACAAGGUACCAGUAGUAGUACUAAUCAGUAGUACUAAUCAAAUCAGUAGUACUAAUCAGAGUAGUACUAAUCAAAUCAGUAGUACUAAUCAGAGUAGUACUAAUCAGAGUAGUACUAAUCAAAUCAGUAGUACUAAUCAAAUCCGUAGUACUAAUACAAACAUACUGCAGUUUUUUUUUUAAUCCACGGCACAUAUUCUGAAGCACAUGUACAUCACCCAGCAUACCACCAAGGAAUAGCACAGAUACAUUCUGACAUGUGUUAAAACUGAAAAGUUACAGUCAUCAUUUGUAUAUUCAUGUGUAUUGCUUUAAUAGCAGUUUGGAUUUAAAAAAAAAUGUUUUUUGUUAAAUGUAUGCAUUCGUGAACUGUCCAUAUCGUUUAGAAGUGACGCGUAUUAUUUGACCGAGAUAGGAAGGUGUCUGCUGAUGCAGUUUCCAAAAAUGACUAUAAGAAUGAAAAAACACAAGUCGUUCUGAUCUGACGCAACACUCAGUGUUUAAUUAAAAGAUUUUAACUUAAAGGGCAUCGAAAUAUGAUCUCGACACAAUAUAUAUUAAAAAAAACAAUUUUUAAAGCACAAAAGAUGGGCGUGUUUCAUUUAAAAUAACGAUCCUCCAUCUGUUAAUAAUAUAUCUAUUGUAAAUGCCAUACUUUAGUAUUUAGACCUCAGUGCCGUUAUAGUAUACCGGCUACCACUAAUCUCAUGAAACACACAUAUCCUCAUUACGGCCUUACACCAUUUGCAUUGUUGUGAAAGAUUAGGUCAGGGGUCAACCAAAACCAUUACCUCAUGAACUCCAGUGGUGCUUCAAUGCCAGUUUUAUAAGGGCGCCCGUGUAUAGGAAUCUGAAAUAAGUCCAGCUGAAUGCCAAGGGCCCAGAAGCCCCACAUUUACACACCCCUCUAUUUCUAUAUAACAUGUUGAUACAGCGGGAGGAUGAACUUUAACCCCGUCAGAUACACAAUGAACAAGGAUGUUUAAUAGUUGGGAAUAUGGAUGCUUUGUCAGAGGUGAGUUGUUGUUCCAGAGGAAUGGUCCAACUUAACACCUCUGCCUCUCUCUCUCUCUCCCUUUACUCUCUCUCGGCCUCUCUCUCGGACCCCUCUCUCUCGGCCCCCUCUCUCUCGGCCUCCUCUCUCUCUCUUGGCCCCUCUCUCUCGGGCUCUCUCUCUCUUGGGCCCCUCUCUCUCUCGGGCCCCUCUCUCUCGGCCUAUUUUUGAUCUGUUCUUUGAUGAAGAUGAAAGAGGGUGUUUUCAGGUCACACCUCUUCAUCUUUAGUUUUCUGCUUUUCAUUGUCGCCCUCUCUUGGAUUCUCAAUGUCUUUUAAAUGCCAGGUUGCAACAUUAAAUUCAUUGAAAAACCUA